CAUAUGAAUCCGGAAACAUAGAAGAGUAGAUCGCCACGGGACGUAAUUCACAUUCACAACCUACCAGCGAUUUUAUUAUUUAGUUUAGUAGUCCUAGAAUCUUUCCCAGAUUAUCUUACACCAUUUUAUAGAACUUAAUUGUUGAGCUUAACAUCUGAAGAUCUUAUUUUAAAAUAACUGUAUAGUUAGAAGAUACUUUAAAAUGAUUCAGCCAAAUGAAGAUAGCCAAGAAGUUCAAAAUGAUGCUGUAAAUCCAACAGAGGAGCUGAUUCCUGAAAGAAAAAUCACUCAGACUGAUCAUGUUAACAGCAAACUUCUUAAGGCAUUUUUGAGUCGGCUAAACCAGAAUGACAAUACUGUUGCAUUUGGACUCAAUGCUCCAUCUGCAGAUUUAGAAGAGGUGGAUAGUUCUGAAAAUUCUGAUUUUGAUUCAUCUGAAAAUUGUGCCAAUAAUCAUGAUAAUGACAGUGAAGACAAAAAGGACUAAAGUGAAAUACACAGUUUGAAUUGACUUUUUUCUUGAAGUAUCAUUGACUCUCUACCUUGUCAGGCUAAUUUAAACCAUAGAUAUAUUUUAACAUUCCAGUUCAAUAUAAGGCAUGGGAAAAAUGAAGAAAUAUUUGAUUUUUGGGCUUGGUGGAAUUACUAAUAGUGGAAAAUCAACGAUUGCAGCAAUGUUGUGUAAAAAUCUACCAUUUGUUGAAGUUAUGUGCCAAGAUAAUUAUUUUUUGGAUCCAGACGAUGCUCAAAUUGAAAGAGAUGAAGAUGGCGUACGAAACUGGGAGAAACUAAGUGCUUUGAAUAUGAACAAGAUGACAAGUGAUGUUGAGACCUGGAUAGCAAAACACAGCAGUAAAGUUUCAGACCAGAUAUCUGUUCUAGUCAUUGAAGGAUUUCUCAUCUUUAAUCACAGUAAACUUUCAUCCCUAAUGGAUUAUAAGUACUUCAUUCAAAUAAACCAAGAAACAUGUAAGGAACGUAGAAUAAAACGUGUGUAUGUACCCCCAGAUCCUCCCGGUUAUUUUGAAAACUAUGUGUGGCCAAUGUACCUGGAGAAUUUGGAAGCAAUCACUGAUAAAGAUGACAUUGAAUUUAUAGAUGGCAUGUUAGAUUUAAACACAUUGUUCAGUGAAAUCUUACAACGUAUCAAUUCAGCAAUAGAGACAACAGCAUCUUGUAUUGGAACAUAGCCAGUCAGUCAGCUCAUAUAGUUCAUAUGCAAAGCUACAUUCUUAAUUUGUUAAUUUCAUUUGAUAAUCAUACAUGACAUUUUUCUGUAAACUAUUUUUAAUUAAAGUUGAUUGUUAUUGCUGAUGGACAUUAUUAAAAAUUGUUUAUAUAUAACUU